CAGUUUUGUACUUUUAAAUUUUAUUUAUUUAUUUUAAAAUUCAAAUUUUAUUUUAUAGUUACUAAACGAUUUUAAAAUUUUAAAAUUAUUCUUAUGAGUCGUUUUUUGGAAAACUGUGAAAUAUUGGACGACUGGGGUAAGAUACUAAGUUGAAUAUUUAUGAUUUGUCAAUUGAGGUCUUGAGAUUUCUAAUACUUAGUUUUAUAUUCUUACCCGCAGUCUUAGAAGAUGAGACCGUGUUCUUUCGUACAUUUUUAAUACAAAAUACUAAAUAGAUUAAAUUUAAUGGGCAAAGUUUUUUUUAAAUCGAAUGUCAACAUUUUGGACCGUGUACCCAAAUUUCAUAUAGUUAUAAUAUGUUGUACACACUGUAACGUUUAUCAACAGCCGGCAUUCAAUUGUUAAUUAUUAUUUAUGCAAUACCUACUUAAUUCCAUUGAGGAUAGGACAUAAACUCGUGAAACGAUUAAAAAGAAUUGUUUGGAUUUUUGUCUUCUGGUUCUAGACUUUAGCAGGUUCAAUUUCAGCUACAACUACGAUAAUAAAUGUAAUAGUGACUAUAUACUAUAUAUAAUGACUAAUAAGGAGUAGUAUUUCGUUAUUUACAGAUCUUUUCCAAUGUGAUUUGUCUAGACGUUUUUACUGUUUAUAUUCUAUCCCGAAUUCUAAUUGAAUAUUAAUCAAUUUUCAAUAAUGUCGAUGCAUUAAAAAACUAGGAGUAACAGAAAUAACAUUUUUUCUUGGUGCACAAUAGAUAAUUUUCAAUUUUUUUUUUUUUAAAUACAUUCUGUUUGCAAUUCAACGAAAUUUAAAGUUCUUGUAGCGAAAUAGUUUUAGUGAAUUGUGUUGACCACUUAUCCAGUCACCCAGUGCGAUGGGUCGUAGGAAAAGUAAAAGAAAGCCGCCCGCGAAAAGGAAAGCCAUAGAACCUCUAGACACACAGUUUAACUGUCCGUUUUGCAAUCACGAAAAAUCUUGCGAAGUCAAAAUGGACAAAAGUCGAAACGUGGGAAAAGUGUAUUGUCGUGUUUGCCUUGAGUCGUUUCAAACGACUACAAGCUUUUUAUCAGAACCAGUCGACAUAUAUAAUGAUUGGGUAGACGCUUGUGAAGCAGCUAAUUGAUGAUGGGUGGCUACAGAAACAAGAAUAAAACAAUAAAUGGAAACUAAGCCAAAAACAUUUUUAAUUUUAACAUAUUAGUUUGUUUCUUAUAAUUAUUGUUGUAGUCACCCUAUACGAUUCAUAAAAGUAUAAAAUAUUAUAUUUAAAUACCAACAUGAUUUUAUUUUUAUUGUGGUUAUUUUUAUCUACUUUUAUUCAUAGAUUAUAAAAAGAAUACAAAUUUUAAGAAUUUAAUUAAUAAAACUUGACUUGAUAUUUUA